AUGGAAUCUCCUCAAUCUGUCGUGUCACCAUUCAAGGGCUCCUCUGUUGUUUUUGCUGAGCCCGAGAACCAGAAGACUAAUCUUUUUGUGAAGAACCCUGGCUGCUUAUCCGAGAAAAUUGAGGGUCAAAGGAAGGAAGCUGCGGUGUCUAAUCUAGAAGGCCUCCUUGGUGUUCUUGAGGUCUAUAUACAUCAGGCUAGGGACAUCCAUAACAUCUGCAUAUACCAAAAGCAAGAUGUUUAUGCUAAGCUUUGCCUUACUAGUGACCCGGAAGAUUCCGUCUCCACCCAAAUCAUCAACGGUGGUGGGAAGAAUCCGGUGUUCAAUCAGAAUCUCCGACUCAAUGUUCGGACAAUUGAUUCCUCCAUCAAAUGUGAGAUAUGGAUGCUGAGCAGGGUGAGGAAUUAUCUUGAAGACCAAUUGUUGGGCUUUGCUUUGGUGCCUCUGUCUGAUGUUCUCAUCAAGAAUGGGAUGUUAGAAAAGGAGUUCUCUCUCUCCUCAACUGAUCUCUUCCAUUCCCCAGCUGGGUUUGUCCAGUUGUCUCUCUCUUACAAUGGAGCUUCACCGGACCUGAUAUCAGUUCCUGUAAUGCGCACAUCUGAGGCUAAAGAUGUGCCUGUGCAGGAUACAGAUGUAUCCGAGUCGCUCUCUAAUGACUUUGACAAGAUUGAGUUUCCUGAUCCAAAGAUAGUGAAUGAGAACCAUAUGAUGGUUUCGGAGUACUAUGGCAUCUCAGAGAGCUUGGUCUCUUCUGAUGCUGAAAAUCAUCUCAGUUCAGAAGUUGGUGUUCAUGUCGCGGAAAGCUUCUUAACAGACGCCAUUAAUUCUAGCGAACCACGGAAGCGUGAUUCUCCCCCAAGUAGUCUGUCGACUAAUGGUUCUCCAUCUGCUUCACUUCCUGCAAGUUCUGAAUCCUCUGAAACCCAGGUAGCUUCAAAAUCUCCACAUGAGGAACAUGUUUCGCCUCCAAAAGAAAAUCUGAAAGAAACGAGUGCAGAUGUUGGGGAUGCUGAGAGUAAUGUAUCAGGUGGAAUGGCUGGUAAUGCAUUUGCAAAGCCUGUUGUCAAUGUGAAGAUUGAGCCAGAGCAAAAGGUGGUGCAACAGGAUAUCGUGGAUAUGUACAUGAAAAGCAUGCAGCAAUUCACCGAGUCAUUGGCAAAGAUGAAACUUCCAAUGGACAUUGAAAGUGGACCAACUAGUUCUGGGAAUUCGACUUCGGAUCAGAAAUUACAGGCAUCAAAGAACAAUGGUUCCCGAGUGUUUUAUGGGAGUAGAGCUUUCUUCUGA